AUGCAGGAGUUUUACUCAUCCAAAGAAAGAUUCAUCAAUGAGCUUCGUCAAGUCUCCGCUGACACGCCCAGCAAGCAAAUCGCCGCCGGAUUAUCAAUCCUCUCCGUUUCGCCACUUAUUCCAAUUAACCAGGAGAUCAAUCAUCACGUUCUGUCCAUCCACAACACUUAUGAACGUUCACCAUUUGCUCCGGUAUCUCCACCCAACAGUAGCCACAGUGGAACCAACAGCAAGACCGACAACUCUGCCAACGACAGCCGCCAACGUUAUGCUGAAGUUGCUCGAACACUUUCCACAAUGAAUACCAUUCACAAAGGAUACUCUCCUGAUAGUAACAAUUCUGAAUCUCAUCAGUAG